AUGAGAGCUACAGUAUCUCUUUUGAAUUGUUGCGAUGUUCCACCCUCGCAUCAUCCUUCUAUGAAUGCACAAAUGCUUUUCGAAACUUGCCAUUUUCUUCCACUUCCACCUGCUCCAACGCAACUUAGUUUUAUAGCCCUAGUUUAUAGUUUUAUAGCGAUUUCGUCCAGCUGUUGA